UAUUCUUCUCUCAACUUCUGCAGAUUGGGAACCAAAUUUUCUGCUUAUUUUUCUAUUCUGUUAGUACAACGUUGACAUAAACAAACUUAAGAUUAUGGCUUCUUCUAUUGCACAUACAAACUCAAAUUUGUUCACUAAAAUGACAAGAAUAGAGAGGAUUCACUGUGCUUUGAACUCUCCUUCCGUGCUUACUUUCCCAAAACAGCUCUUGCAAACAGGGGUAAUUACACCGACGAAGAAGAAAACUACUCGCCCGCCGGCGCCGCCGGAGCCUCAGUGGAAUAUAAUACAGAAAGCGGCGGCGAAGGCUUUAGAUGCGGUUGAAGCUGCCUUGGUGUCACUUGAGUUACAGCAUUCACUCCCUAAGACUGCUGACCCGCGUGUUCAAAUUGCUGGAAAUUUCGCACCUGUGGAGGAGCAGCCGGUGAAGCAUGAACUUACUGUCACUGGAGUAAUCCCGGAAUGCAUAAAUGGAGUAUAUGUGCGAAACGGUGCUAACCCUUUACAUGAACCUGUCGCCGGCCACCACCUUUUCGACGGUGACGGAAUGAUCCAUGCAGUGACCAUUGACGGUGGUAACUCGGUGAGUUACGCUUGCAGAUUUACAGAAACACAGAGGCUGACUCAAGAACGUGAAUUAGGCCGGCCAGUGUUUCCCAAAGCCAUCGGAGAACUUCACGGACACUCUGGCAUCGGCCGGCUUCUUCUCUUCUACGCUCGAGGCCUAUUCGGGCUGGUUGAUCACAGCCAAGGCACCGGAGUAGCCAACGCCGGUUUAGUUUACUUCAAUCAAAGACUCUUAGCCAUGUCUGAAGAUGAUCUUCCCUAUCAAGUGCGGAUCAAAUCUUCUGGCGAUCUCGAAACAAUUGGCCGAUAUGAUUUUGAUCACCAAUUGAGAAGCGCCAUGAUUGCUCACCCCAAGAUUGAUCCUAUCACCGGUGAGCUCUUCUCUUUAAGCUACGAUGUCGUUCAAAAACCAUAUCUCAAGUACUUCAAAUUCUCCAAGGACGGAAAGAAGUCACCGGACGUCGAUAUUCAUUUGGAUGUUCCGACGAUGAUGCAUGAUUUUGCUAUCACUGAGAAUUACGUCGUAAUUCCCGACCAGCAAGUGGUGUUCAAGCUUCAAGAAAUGAUUAAAGGUGGCUCCCCGGUGAUUUACGACAAGAACAAGAAAUCAAGAUUUGGGAUUUUAUUAAAGAAUGCUAAAAGUGCUAAGGAUAUUACAUGGGUGGAUUGCCCGGAAACCUUUUGUUUUCACUUAUGGAAUGCUUGGGAGGAGCCGGAGAGUGAUGAAAUCGUCGUCAUUGGUUCUUGCAUGACUCCACCAGACUCGAUUUUCAACGAAUGUAACGAAAAUUUGAAGAGUGUUUUAUCGGAAAUCCGCCUGAAUUUGAAGACCGGUAAAUCGAAAAGGCGGCCUAUCAUUCAAUCCUCGGAACAAAUCAACUUAGAAGCCGGUAUGGUGAACCGGAACCGGCUUGGUCGGAAAACCAAGUACGCUUACCUUGCGAUUGCAGAACCAUGGCCGAAAGUUUCAGGAUUCGCUAAAGUCGACCUCUCGACUGGAAAAGUUCAAAAAUUCAUCUACGGUGAUUGUAAAUACGGGGGCGAGCCGUUCUUCGUCCCAAGGGAUUUGACUUGUGACAGUGAAGACGACGGGCAUAUUCUUGCAUUUGUACACGACGAAAAGACAUGGAGAUCCGAGCUGCAAAUUAUAAAUGCCAUGACUUUACAAUCUGAAGCCUCUGUAAAGCUUCCAUCAAGAGUCCCAUAUGGGUUCCAUGGGACAUUCAUAAGCUCAAAAGACUUGGAAAAUCAAGUGUAAGUACAUAUAUGUAUAUGUGUGCAUAUGCGCUUAUGGAGGAGGGAUAGGCCAGAGGGAUCGUAGAUUAGAAAAACGUCCCCGGAUUCUUCUUUCAGCAGCCGCUUCGAAAAAAAUUCUGCAUUUUUAGGGUAGAUUUUAUUGAUUAUUACUGUGUUUUUGAGGAGCCAAGCUUGUAGCUUUUGACGUAUGUAGUGUCAAUGGAGCUCAGCUGGUUUAUGUUUCUUUUUGUUUUCUACUUUAUUUUAUGAGAUGCCAUAAAUAUGUUUUGAACAGUUCAUUGCCAUCUCUACUAUACUUCACUAGCAUGUUAGGAUUGCUAUUAUUUUUAAAUUUUUAAUGCGUCUUACCAAAUAGUCAUUGUGGGAUUUACAAUAAACAAUAUUUGCGACACGACUCUUUUGAUUAA